UCCCCGCCCCCCCCAAUCCCACGAGGCGCCCCCAAAACCGCCCUGUUUCCCCCCAAAGCGGCUCCGGUGCGGCCUUAACCUCUCUCCCCCCCAACCUCAGGAAUCGCCCUCAGGACCCUCUGCAGGGCCCCCCCCGCCAUGGACGGCCCCUCCUCCUCCCCCCCACCCAACGGCUCCGCGCCCCCCUCGGAGGGGUCGGGGGGACCCCCGGGGGGAUCGGGGAGCCCCCCCGGGCCCGGGGAGACGCUGAUCACGGAGGGCAAGGCCACCAUCGUGUUCCCCAGCGCCAACGAGGUGUUUUACAACCCCGUGCAGGGCUUCAACCGCGACCUCACCUGUGCCGUCCUGACGGAGUUCGCGCGGCUGCGGCUGCGCCCGAAGGGCAUCCGGGGUACG